AAUAACCUUGAAAUGAAGGAUAAUCCUUUUGUUUCUCUUAGCAUAGUUAUCGCGGGAAUUAUUAUGUCUGCGUAUAUCUACAUUAAAGAAUUGUGUGGAUAUGCUUAUAUGGCAAGAUAUCCCAUGUAGUUUAAAAUAUUACCCUUGAACAAAUGGGAUGCAUGGCUGAAAUGAAAUGGGCAUUUUUUGUUAAUCUAUCAAAUACUACCACAGUCACAAUGUCAAUAUCUUGGAUUAUAAGCUUAUUAAACAAAUUAUUAUAAUCAAAUUGUAGCCAUUAGAAUUAGAUAGUCCUUCUAUAAAAUUCAUUGAGAUGUCAGACCAAAUCCUAGUAGGAAGAGGUAGGGGUUGUAAUAACCCAGCAGGAUUUAGAUUCUGUGUCUUAUUUCUUUGAUAAGAGUCACAUUCCCUGAUGAACUGUUUGAUAUCCCCUUUCAUCCCAGACCAAAUAAAAUCAGCCGUAGCUCUCUGUAGGGUUUUGUGAUACCCUGAGUGUCCAACAAUUGGGCUACUAUGUACAGUGUAAAAUCCUGUCUUUAAGUUCAGAUUCCGCACCCAAGAAAUAUUCUGCCAUUCUUGAAGAGUAGACCAUUCCUCAAACUGUAACCCUUUCCUUCUAGUUUUCCCUCCUGCAGUUUUGAUUGGAUAUCUUAGAUGUUGCAUCUUGUGAAUAAGUUGCCUUCAAGUCUUCAAUCCAUGUAGGGUCUAGAAAAGUAAUGACAGAAAUACUAGAGUCCUCAGUAUCAGUGCAUUUGCAACUCUGUUUUCCUUACCUUUCUUGUAUUCAAUUGCAAAAUUGUAACCCAACAACUUAGAAACCUAUUUUUGUUAAGAGGGAAUACCAACUUUCUGCUCUAGGAGGAACUUCAGAGUAUGAUGAUCUGUUUGAACUGUAAAUGGUUUCCCUAUCAAAUAGGCACUGCAAGUACCAACGACAGUAGUUCCUUUUCAUAAGUUGACAAAUGCAGAGCCAACUUAGAAAGGCAAGUGGCCUAUUAUCUUGCAUCAACACAGCCCCUACCCCUUCACCAGAUGCAUCACAUUCAAUCGCAAAGGUUUUAGUAAAAUCAAGAAGGGCUAACACCCGUGGGCUAGUUGACUGCAACUUUGAGUUUCUUGGAAAGCCUCUCUAUCUGAGUCGGUCCACUUAAAAGAAUCUUUCUUCAGUAGUGAAGUCAGUGGGGGCAGCUAUCAGUCCAUAACUUCGAAUAAACUUCCUGUAAUAGCUUGUUAAACCUAGAAAGGGCUAAAAGGACUAAAGCAUGGCGUAGGCAGCAAAACCAGGAAAAGUCCAGUUUAGCAUUGAAUCUAUAUUCCCUUAACAAACAAGUUUAGAUUCUGUGUCUUAUUUCUUUGUUAAACCUAAAAAGGGCUAAAAGGACUUAAGCAUGGUGUAGGCAGCAAAACCCUUAGCGACGAUGUCCAGGAAAAGUCCAGUUUAGCAUUGAAUCUAUAUUCGCAUGAUCACCCUUAACACCCUCUUUUGAAAUUAUGAGACCUAAGUACUUGAUUUCAGGUAUCCAAACUUAGUCUUCGAUCUCUUAGAAUAAAGUUGUUGCUGUUUCAAGGUUCGCAAAUAGUUUUUAGACGUGCCAAGUGCUACUCUAGACAAUAAAUGUAGACUAAAAUAUCGUAAAAAAACACAAUCACAAACUUUCUCAAAUAGGAUCGAAAGACAUCAUGCAUUAAACCUUGAUAGGGAGAAGAUGCUUUUUGUUUUUUUAAUGAAUGAGGUAAAAGGUGUGUAUUGGUUAAGUCAAAACGCAUAACCAGAAAUUCAUAGACCUUCAUGAGUACAGAAAGUAGUCUUAGGAAUAUCCUCCUCCCUCAUUUUGAUCUGGUUAUCACCAGAUCGUAAAUCCAUCUUAGAAAAAAUAAUGGACCCAUGCGAUUCAUCCAGUAACUCAUCCACUACAGGAAUAAGAUAUUUAUCCUUAUUAGUUUCCUUGUUUGAAGCCUGAUAAUUGAUGCUCAUGUGCUAACUUCCAUUCGCUUUCCUAGCCAAUAAUGCAGGAGAAGAAAAUGGGGAUAGACUUGGUCUAAUUACCCCAUAUUCUAGCAAUUCCCGAACAAUCUUCUCAAUUUCAAUUUUUUGAUAGUUGGGGUACCUGUAAUGUGUAACACAUAGAGGUUGUGACCCCUCUUUCAAAUUGAUUUGAUGGUCAUGGUUUCUGUUAGGAGGAAGUCCGUUAAGUUUUGCAAACACCUUUUCAAAUUCCCCUAACAGUUUUAAGGAUUUGCUAAUUUUCUUAAAAGAGUAAUCUUCUUGACAAUGUACUUACAAAAAAAAAAAAAAAGAAUCUUCUUGACAAUGGAGUUGUAAUAAAACUCCUCUCUUUUCUGCCCUAUGCUACUUACUAACUUCUUUCUGAUCAAUCAAGUAGUUCUAGUUGGGUUAAGACCCUUCAAAAUUAUUGUCCUUCCCAUGUAGCUAAACUUGUAUCUUCCUUCACUAUUGAUCAUCUCCCCAUUAGCAACUUUAACUUGUAUCUGCUCCAUUUUCUGGAUUGGUAACUGACUUCUAGUAACCUUAGAACCAUCCAUAAAAUUCUGGGUACUACCCGUAUCAAUAAGCAUCACUCCGCUAAUUUCUUCACUGCCUCAAUAGCCUCUUGGUUCGAGGACUUGGUGAACCAGUAAUGGCAUGAAGAGAUAUCUCAGGAAAUUCACCCAGUUCUUCUACAACUCCCUUGAUAGAUACAAAUCCUCCCCUGCAGUCUAUUCCAGUGUUCCAUUUGUAGUGAAGAAGAGUUUGUCAAAGUUGGGGGUUCCUAGUGGAAUUCUGGAAUUCUUAUAUGGGUGGGUUGAUGCCCAUGAAGAGUGUGCAAAGAUUCCAGAGGCAUCAGGAUCAAUUCGUGCUAUUCGAAGUGAGGCCUUUUUCAUUCCCUUGUAUGAGCUCUACCUCAGAUAUGGUGGAAUUUUCAGGUUAAACUUUGGACCAAAGUCAUUUCUAAUAGUUUCGGAUCCUUCCAUCUCAAAACAUAUAUUUAGGGAUAACUCAAAGGCUUAUUCAAAGGCAAAACAGAUAUUUGACUUUCUGGUUGAAAAGGUGCUAAUUGUUCUCAAAGAAUGGAGGCAGUUACACCUGAUGAAAAUGGCUGGUUUACUGGCAUGCACUUUGAUGGUCAUUCCAUCAGCAGAUGCUGUUGAUGCUAUCAAAACAUGUACCUGCUUGCUUAAGGAAUGCAGGGUAGAACUUGCCAAGUGCAUUGGAAACCCAUUAUGUGCUGCCAAUAUUGCUUGUCUCCAAACUUGCAACAAUCGACCUGAUGAGACUGAAUGUCAGAUCAAAUGUGGGGACUUGUUUGAAAACAACGUUGUGGAUGAAUUUAAUGAAUGUGCAGUAUCACGAAAGAAGUGUGUACCUACAAAAUCUGAUGUUGGGGAAUUUCCUAUCCCUGAUCCUUCUGUUCUAGUUAGGAAUUUCAACAUUGCAGAUUUCAAUGGGAAGUGGUUCAUUACUAGUGGCUUAAAUCCUACCUUUGAUACUUUUGAUUGCCAAUUGCAUGAAUUCCACAUGGAGUCUAACAAACUUGUUGGAAAUUUGUCGUGGAGAAUACGAACGCCAGAUGGUGGCUUUUUCACUCGAUCAGCUAUACAGAGAUUUGUGCAAGAUCCCGCCCAGCCUGGUAUACUUUACAAUCAUGACAACGAGUAUCUUCACUAUCAAGAUGAUUGGUAUAUUCUAUCAUCCAAAAUAGAGAAUAAGCAAGAUGACUACGUAUUUGUAUAUUAUCGAGGCAGAAAUGAUGCAUGGGAUGGUUAUGGUGGUGCUUUUUUGUACACAAGAAGUUCGGUUUUGCCGGAAAGCAUUGUUCCAGAACUUGAAAGAGCAACUAAGAGCAUAGGACGUGACUUCAACACGUUCAUAAAAACGGAUAACACUUGCGGUCCCGAGCCUACCAUUGUUGAGAGGCUUGAGAAGACAGUAGAGGAAGGGGAGAGAACCAUUAUAAAGGAAGUUGAAGAGAUAGAAGGGGAAGUUGAGAAGGUUGGACAGACUGAAAGGACCUUAUUGGAGAAGUUGGUUGAAGGAUUUAAAGUGCUUCAAGAAGAUGAGGAGAAUUUCAUAAGAGAGCUAAGCAAAGAAGAGAUGGAUAUAUUAAGCGAGCUAAAGAUGGAGGCAACAGAGGUAGAAAAGCUCUUUGGAAAAGCACUGCCAAUUAGGAAGCUUAGAUAGAUUUCCAUUUUGAAAUAGGUGAGUUCAUUGUUUACACCAUACAUAGUUACUUUCAUUUUUAAUUCUUUGAAAGAUGUAAUCUGAUUUUGCAUCCAUACUUUUUUCACUUGGUAGAAGAUGAAAUGCAAAAUUUAAUUAA